AUGGCAGUGUACCAAGCUAACUGGGAAGUAUUGAAGGAAGACUUGAUGGAGGUAUUCAGAAGGAUGAGGGGGGUUCUCGCUGACACAAUAUUAGAAGCUCAAGCUGCUUUUGUAGAGGGUAGGCAAAUAUUAGACUCGGUUUUGGUAGCUAAUGAGGCUGUUGAGGAAUACAGAAGUAAAGGAAGAAGUGGACUGGUUUUCAAAAUUGACUUUGAGAAAGCUUAUGACUAUGUCGAGUGGGACUUCCUAGAUUUGGUAUUAGCAAAAAAGGGCUUCGAACAAAAAUUGAGGAGAUGGAUGAGGGGUUGUUUUUCCUCUGUCUCAUACUCUGUCUUCAUAAACGAGAGACCUAGAGGGAAGUUUUUCACAACCAGGGGUCUUAGGCAGGGUGAUCCCCUAUCCCCUUUCUUGUUUACUGUUGUGGUGGACAUUCUAGGAAGAAUGGUAGAUAGAGCCGUUGAGUCAUCUCUUCUCCAUAGAUUCCUUAUUGGGAGAGAAAAGGUCAUAGUAAGCCACCUUCAAUUUGCAAAUGAUACGAUGUUCUUUGUGAAAGAUGAGUGUUCAAUUUAG